CCGGGCCUCUCGUGCGGCGAAGAGAGCGGCGGCCUCCCAAGCCCGCAUCCCCUCUCCACAGGCGAAGCGACCCAGGACGCUCACGACCUGGCAGUCUGCUGCUGUUCAUCCGCACGGAUCCCUACUUGGGGUGCGAAGCGAGCACGCAGUGCCAUCGGUGUCCCAUCGCCUCCCGUCCCGCCGUCUCCCGACACGACUCCCUCUGCCUCCUCGAGAGACUGGGCGAAUCUCAGCGAUGGGCCCGCCGGGCUGAUCUCCGAGCGCCUCCUCGCCGCCGACGUCGCCGACUACGUGUCCUUUCGCGCAGCUUGCCGUCCGUGGCGGCUGUGUUCCACGGACCCGCGCGAGCACGGCGUCCUUGACCGCCGCUUCCACCCGCGCCAGUGGACCAUGCUCAGGACAAAGAGAGGCUCUCCGUACCGCCGCUGCUUCAUGAACGUCAGCACCGGCUGCUGCAGAUACGUGCACCUCCCGGAGCUCCGCGGUCACGACGUGUUCGGGCCCACCACGGAGGGGCUCCUCGUCCUCCUCGACAGGGCCACCUGCGUGGUCCGCCUGCUGAACCCGUUCACCCGCCAGGCGGCCGACCUCCCGCCGGCCACCGCUCUGAUGACCCAGCGUGACCUGGAGCGACGCCGUGACGGAGGAGACUUGGCGGAGAUCUCAGGCACUUUCCUCGCCGACGACUGCACCAUCGCGGUCUGUUUCGCCGGGAUCACGACGCUUGCUGUCGCCAAGCCAGGCGAUGCGCAAUGGGCAGUGGUCGAUCGUGGCACAUACCUCUCGCCAGCCAUGUCUUUCGCCGGCCGGUUCUACUGCGCCACGAAUCGGGUCGUGAUGGUGGUGGAGACCAGCGCCGACGACCAUCCGCCGCGGCUGGCCGUCGCCGCCGAGCUGUCUAGGCCGUUAUCCGGGGGAUCAUGAUGGACACCGUGCAUCUGAUGGACAAUGGCGGCGAGCUGACGCUCGUCGACCGAGCACGCGUGCGUAGAAGACACGAGCCUUACGAGGUGUACCGGGUCGACAUGGACGCGAGGAAGCUAGUGCCCGUCCGCGGGCUCGGUGGGCGCGCGGUGUUCAUCGGCUGGGAACGCGCCCUCUCCGUCUCGCCUUCCGUGUUCCCAUCCAUCAGCGCUGACACAAUCUACCUGGGAUUCAACAGCUUGUUUGGUUACAUGGACGAUAGCCCGGUUCAUCUCAUGGAGGUAACAUCCGAGCCUCGUCGAUCCAAAGGCGACAUGCCGAUCUGGGGACCUCGUGGCGUUGAUCUUGAUCACUGUCUAUCCUGGUGCGUCACGAGCUAUCGUCGGGGUUACGGCUCAAAGGACAGAUGCUGAUCUGUGGCUGUUUGCAAAACAGGCAUGGUGAAGUGAACAGAUGCUGCAGUGUGGCUACACAGUAUGCAUCCAUUUCCAAAUUCCAUUAUCUGUGUUGUUAAUUUGCUCCGCUAAAUGUGUUUCCCAUUUAGCAUUUCUUGGAUCAGAGGCAUAUGUGCAACUCUUGAGGUAGUGCAAUGUUUUCCCCCCUGAAACAGGGGCGUCAGCUCAACUAUUUUUUUUAAAAAAUGAUUACAUAAAAAGUUACAUGUUUAAUGGCA